UGAAGGAAUUGGCCGACCGCUCCAGUUCUCAGCCAUUGUCAAUUCUACUUCAAAGGAAACAAAUCCAGGAGACAAUGUUUGGAAAUCUGAGCUCCAGAUAAUUAAAAGGGCCGAGAUGGAACUUGUAGGAACAAGUGACCCUCCCCUUGUUCGGUUUGGUGGAGAGGUGAAAGACGAAUCUUCAAUGGACUUGGAGGAAGACAUUGGUGUGAUGGUCCGUCAUAACUACACGCUACAUAACAAAGGACCGUGGACUGUUCGCAAUGUUUAUGCUAAGUUUGAUUGGCCUUACCAAGUCGAAUCACCUCGCCAAAAAGGAAAAUGGGCGCUCUACCUUCUCGAUGUGCCUACUGUAACGAUCUACAACACUGACGGGACUGUGGAUAUCCGACGGUGUUCUGUUGAGCGAAAGCUUGACCAUGUGAAUCCAUUGGAUCAUAUCAAGCUUAACACGAAGUAUACAACGCAAGAGACAACACAUCAACCACCGGUCACGCGACGAGUGAAGCGGAACACAGAACAAGUCACAGUCGCGGAGGCCGGUUUUUUGCGUUCACGAAUAGAACCUCAUAAACGCAAGGAGAAUGGUGUCGAUGUUUCUGUUGUCACCAUUGGAUGCGCAGAGAAAACAGCAAAAUGCUUUACGGUAACGUGUCAUUUCGACUUCCUCGAUGCAAAUUCCGCUCCCGUUGUCGAUUUCCGGGCUCGAUUAUGGAACACGACUUUUAUUGAGGACUAUUCUGAUGUGGAGUAUGUUGAAAUUGCCUCAUAUGGAAGAAUUGAGUUGGACACAAGCCAAGGGAUUGAAGACGACCCCAGCAAUAAUGCAGUAAGCGUCAAAACGCUGGCAUACCCUGACAGACCUGCUCUUGGUUAG